CGCGUCUCCCCGGCCCAGUCCGCGCCCGGCCCCGCGGGGCCGCCCCGGCCCGCUUCGAGGAAAAACUGCAGAGACAAUCUAAUGGAUGAAGAUGAGAAAGACAGGGCAAAGAGAGCUUCUCGAAACAAGUCUGAGAAGAAGCGUCGGGACCAGUUCAAUGUUCUCAUCAAAGAGCUCAGCUCCAUGCUGCCUGGCAACACGCGGAAAAUGGACAAGACCACCGUGCUGGAGAAGGUCAUCGGAUUCCUGCAGAAACACAAUGAAGUCUCAGCGCAAACGGAAAUCUGUGACAUUCAGCAGGACUGGAAGCCUUCAUUCCUCAGUAAUGAAGAAUUCACCCAGCUGAUGUUGGAGGCGUUAGACGGCUUCAUCAUCGCUGUGACGACGGACGGCAGCAUCCUGUACGUUUCUGACAGCAUCACGCCUCUCCUUGGGCAUCUUCCGUCGGAUGUCACGGAUCAGAAUUUGUUACGUUUCCUUCCAGAACAAGAACACUCCGAAGUCUACAAAAUGCUUUCUUCCCAUAUGCUUGUGACGGACUCCCCCUCCCCAGAACACUUAAAAUCUGACAACGAUUUAGAGUUUUAUUGCCAUCUUCUCAGAGGCAGCUUGAACCCAAAGGAAUUUCCAACUUAUGAAUACAUAAAAUUUGUAGGAAAUUUUCGCUCCUACAACAAUGCGCCCAGCCCCUCCUGUAACGGCUUUGACAGCGCCCUCUCGAGGCCCUGCCGAAUGCCCCUGGGAAAGGAGGUCUGCUUCAUUGCCACCGUUCGCCUGGCAACACCACAGUUCUUAAAGGAAAUGUGCAUUGUUGACAAACCUUUAGAGGAAUUCACUUCAAGACAUAGCUUGGAAUGGAAAUUUUUAUUUCUGGAUCACAGAAAUGAGGCCCCCAGGUUGAUCAUUACACAUGCAAACUGCCCCCUCGUCGGCCACCACGGCAAGCCCUGCGGUACUGCCUCUCUGAUGAAUGACCCCACUGUGCUCGGCAGAGCUCCUCCCAUCAUAGGAUACCUGCCUUUUGAAGUUCUGGGAACCUCGGGCUAUGAUUACUACCACGUGGAUGAUCUGGAGCUCCUGGCCAGGUGCCACCAGCACCUGAUGCAGUUUGGCAAAGGGAAGUCGUGUUGCUACCGGUUUCUGACGAAAGGCCAGCAGUGGAUUUGGCUGCAGACUCACUACUACAUCACCUACCACCAGUGGAACUCCAAGCCCGAAUUCAUCGUGUGCACUCACUCAGUGGUCAGGUGCGGGCAGGGGGCUGGGGGGGGGGCGGCGGGCCAGGUCCGCGGCAGCUCCGUCAGAGCCCCAUCAUCCUCAGUGGACCCCGUUUCUGGGGAGCGAGCCCCGGGCUUGAAUUCUUCAGCGGGGCCUGGGCUGUGCUCUGCAGGGAACAGGAUAAUCCGCAGGGCUCAGAUCCCUUCCGGCUCCACACCCAGCCCUGUUCUCCCAGGGCUGAGACUUCCUCCCAGCGUCCCGUCAGGCCCCUCUGAAAGCCUCAUUGAGCUCUUCCAGGCGGCCAGGAUGUGCCUUAGUGAGUUACUGCUUCAGUGA